AUGUCGAUGACCUCCUUGAAGAAGAUGCCUACAAUUCCCCUACGCUCGAUCCGCCAACAUUCCAAUGUGGAUAAUGGACCUGCAAAUCCUCUACCUACUUUGCUCCAAACUCCAUCCGGACUUGCGAUUCUCGAGCUGCAAGGAACCAUCAACCUACCAGCCAAUGAUCAAAAACAAAAAUCUGCCCUUGAUGAAGACAACAUAGCUAGCCAAUCACAGCUUCAUACGGAGACACCAAUUGGACGUCUUGUAUUUCCGAGUUAUGAUCCGUCGAACCCUCCAAAUGACACUUUCUGGAUGAAGCGCGUCUACCUAUAUGUCGGACAACACCAACGUCUUACGGGCGAAGUAAAGAAGCUUUCGAAACCACUUGCCAUUAUGCAACGCUCCCAAUACGACGAAAGUGCUGGUGGUAAGGAUGGAAGUUCCACUAGCUCCAAAAACAUAGGCAGUGCGCAACAAGUGGAAGAGCUUGGUAGAGAGGCGCUGGAAAUUGCGGGGAUAGUUCGGUACAAAAUUUUAUUUUCAGCAAGGCCCGAACCAGUCAGUGCCAAUACUGGCUGA